GCACACGUCCCCAGCUCAACCUCCUAGUACCUUCCCUUUGUCCAAUCACAUGAAAACCAGAUCCAAAGACACAAAUUCCUUAUGGAAAUGGAAAGGAAACAUGAAGAAGAAAAAGAACGAGAAGCAAUUCCCAGUGUCAGAAUUUCUCCGUGAAAGGCUCCAGAAAGUGGAGGAGAACUCAUUAGGCCCUGGCGUCGGUGCUGGUAUUGGUUGUGGCAUUGGAGUUGGUUUCGGCUUGGUCGGGGGAAUUGGAUAUGGUGGGUGGCCUUGGAACCAUUUGAAGCUUGUAUUUGGGGUUGGAGCUGGUUGUGGUAUUGGCUUUGGCUUUGGGGUCGGACAAGGUAUUGGUUAUGGUUCUAGUUUAGAAUCAUUAGAAUCCAACCUCUCUAAAGAUGGUUCAGAUUCCAACAGAAAAUUUUUAAUUUCUUAGGAAUGCAAACAAUGUUGCUCUGUUUCAAUUAUGUCGAGACCGUUGUUCUUUUCAAACUCUAUUUACUGAUGAAUAUGUGUGGCUAAACCAUUCCUUU